AUGCCCCUCGCAGCGAUCCGGACGGUCGCAAAGGCCCAGAACGGCGUCGGCGCCUUCGUCCUCCAAUGCAAGCGCCUCGACUUCCACUACUGCAACUGGUGGGGAUCCAGUCGCGGCAUGAACGCCUUCAUCAAAUCCUCCCUGCCCGUGUUCGCCUCGCGCAAUCCCUCCAUCGAGUUCUCCGUGAGCCCGCGCCCGCGCAAGCACCCCGUCAUCAUCGCACACUACAUCAACGGCGCCACACGGAGCAUCUGCGUCAAGAACCUGCAGAACGAAGGCGUCCGGGAAAAGGCUGAGAUGCUGCGCGACAGCAACGGAGAGAAGAACAGGAAGCUGGGCAAGCCCGUCAGCAGUGUCAAUGAGAGCGUGAGGGGUAUCUGGAGUCCGUUCCACGGCGCCAAGAUACAGAUAUAA